CCCUUAGCAUUGGUUGUUAUCGACAGUUACUAGUGACAACUAGAUUUCUUAGUCACUCAAGCUCCAUAAAUACCGAUCAAUAUGCUAGUACAAGACCAAAGACAUAUCGAUUGGAGUAACGGAAAGAAAGAGACAGAAAUACUUGAGAAGGACAAUGAAUAACUCACAUUUGAAGAAGGUAAUUUGUAUAACUGCUCUCUGUACAAUAGCAUCAGUGAUCGCCCUUUCCGAUGUGAAUCAAAACUGCAUGGCAAAGAACAACGGGACCACGUCAAACGACUACCUAAUAGGAACUUGGUACUUCGUCUAUCAAUUCGAUCAUAUUGGUCCGAUUCCAACAUGCACUUGUCCCAAUGUCACGUUCACAAGACCAACAGAAGAAGAACUAAGUGGAUACCGAGCAAAAUAUGGUAGAUAUGACCUUCCUCAUAAUAUUACUGAAGAUUCUCUCGUUGCUGAUAAAGGAUAUCAUAUGAAAGGUUUACUACUUGGAGGGUUGGAAACGAAGACGUAUAUACUUGAUCCCAAGUCUCACAUGAUCGGUGGUCUUGAUGGGUACGAAGUAAUGGUGUACAGAAGAAUCGAUGAAAAAUUUGCAUUCUUCUGGCGCUGUGCUAUGAGGGGCCAUGUUCGAUGGCUGAUGACAAAAGACAGGAAUGCCACUGAUGAAGAAAUGCAGCUUGCCAUCAAAGACAGAAGAGAAGUAUUCAACAAGGAAAUUCGGAAAUAUUGUCGUGACAUCUGUUAUUGAUAAUUAAAUCGGUACUUUUAAAAAGUCUUGAUGUUUCCCUGGAUUGAUUUAAUCACCUGAUUAAACUUUGUGUGUUUUCCUAGAUAGGACGUCGU